GGCGGCGGCGGCAACAGGAGCAGCAGGAGGACGGGGAGCGGCCACUCGCACAGGCACAGGUAACAGUGAGACGGGAAGCGCUCGGUGUCCGCCUCUCGCCACGGAGACAUCGCGGGAAGUUUCUUAAAAUGGAAAACUAUCAGAAAACAAAAACAACUGAGCUGCCUUGUCCACAGCCAAUUGCUAAUCUUCCAAAAGAUACUAUUGAAAUGAAAGUGAAAGAAAGCAGCAAAAUAAGGAAUCUCAUGGGGUACGCCAUUGCCAAAAUGGAGUCAGAUAGUACCAAAGAGAUCCUUUUCACUGGCACUGGGAAAGCAGUCAGCAAAACAAUCAGCUGUGUGGAAAUCAUGAAGAGAAGAAUAAAAGGCCUUCAUCAAAUUACCAAAUUGUUUUAUAAACAGGUUGAAGAACUCUGGGAACCCAUAGUUUCUGAAGCAGGGUUGGAUAGUUUAACUGUAAAAAGAAAUAUUCCUGCCAUCUGCAUUCUGCUGUCGAAAGAUGAGCUUCCCACAAAUGAGCCGGGUUACCAGCCUCCUGGAUCCUUUGACGCUUUCUGGGUACAUUCUUUAAAAGAGGAGGCCCUGGCACAAAAGAAGAAGCGCCAAGGUGGAGCGGGGACAGGCAGAGGAGGCAAGCCGCAUGGAUCUGGCCGAGGAGAGAGGCCCAAGAAGUCCAGAAGCUGAGGAUGAUAAUAUGGUCAAACAUUUGAGGAAUGGUAUUUUAUUCAGAUGCUUUUUAAAAAGAAAAUCCAAUGGGGGAAAAAAAAGUUUACCAAGUGGUGUGUGUAUUUUUUGCCAAUCCAUUGAUAUUUUUCUGAAAGCAUGAGAUUUGGCUCUUUGGUAUGGUCAAUGUCCAAGACCUAUAACUUUGGACUGAGUGUGACAACAGAGUUUUAUAUCAGAUUUUUACACUGGAUCUGGUGCUGUCCACAGCUGAUGCCCAGAUGCAUGGACCUUCCAGUGAGAUACACCACAACAUUUGGAAAACACAAUUAGGUUUGCCCUGUUUCACUGUUGCACUGUAUCCCAAUGCAAACCUUUUUCCAAAUGCUGUUGCACCAAGCCCUGUUAUAAUUCCAGAAGAUAGCUGCAAAGUAUAUACAGCAAAAUUAACAAAAUAAUCCCCAAGUCCCUGAGCUUGAAAGAACAUUAUUGGAACUAAUUAACAUUUCUUGGAGUAAAUUAUUAGAUCUCUUUCGCUCAUGAUUACUUCUGACAUUUUAUAUUUGGGUCAAUGUUCCUAUCACAUUUUGUAUUUUCCAAUUUGCAGUAAGAUGUUUUAAUUAUAAAUCGAACUGUACUUUCCUCCUGCCUUAACAGAAUACGAGCCAAGGUGCAAGGAAGAAAAAAUCAACAGAAAUCAAUACCUUUUGAAGAAAAACCAUACAUAGAAUUUGAUUUUAAUGAAAACAAAUUGCAGUACUGAAGGCAGCUUACGGUGCUAGAUUUUAAUAUUUGUGACAUUCAGUGAUAAAUUGACAAUGUAAGGAUGGUUACGUUCUUAGCAGCUGUGAGAGGUUUUUUUUGGAUUGUACCUUUAACUGUCGGAUUGCUGGCUGAAUAUUCAUAGCGAUCUUGGUCAUUCAUCAAAAAAAGACACCACUGCAACAAUCUGUUCAGCCUUAAAAUGUAAUUGAAAUACAGGAUGGCAUCUUCAAAGCUAAGCAUAUCAUAUAUAUGGAAAUAAAGAUAAUUGUGUGAUCAGGAUGAGAUUCUACAUUUGUUAUUAAAUGUUGCGCUUUAUGUUUUA